AUGAUGUCCGGUCUUCACGAGCUCAUUCACAGGCAGCGACCAGGACCAUGGCAGAAAUUCUGGUCUCAGCCGUUUGUCUAUCUUGCACGAACGCUAUAUGCUUGGCACAAACCUCUCAUAGCCAUGCCGCUUCGAGAACCGGUCGAAAUUGUCUGUAUUUCCGAUACACAUAAUGCCCAACCUCUGAUUCCCGACGGUGAUAUCCUCAUACAUGCUGGGGAUCUAACACAGUCUGGCUCUUUUGAGGAGAUUCAAACCACACUCAACUGGCUACGCUCCCUGUCUCACCCCGUCAAGAUAGUAGUAGCAGGAAACCAUGACUUGCUGCUUCAUUCCAUGCCGGACCGCCCACGUCAAUCUGCGUUUCAGAGGGCUCAGCUCGAAUGGGGCGAUAUCAUUUACUUGGAGAACAACGAGAUAACAGUUUCGUGCCCGGGAACCAGUCGCCAGCUUCGAAUUUUUGGAAGUCCCUACUCUCUAAAGCAUGGAAAUUGGGCCUUCCAAUACCCCCGAAACCAGGAUGUAUGGACCAGCUUGGUUCCCGAAGGAAUUGACGUUCUGAUUACACAUGGCCCACCACUCGCGCACCUGGAUUUGCAAUGGGGAUGCCCUUAUCUUUUGCAGACGCUGUGGAGAGUCCGCCCCAAACUACACGUAUUUGGCCAUAUUCAUGAAGGCUCAGGAACCGACGCCUUGUCAUUCAACAGACUUCAGAAGGCAUACGAGCGUACAAUCGUUUCUAAAGGAGACUGCAAGUCCCUUUUAUUGACGGCAUGGGAACUGGCUAAAGCUUGUCUUCGCCCAGCUGUGGAAGCAAAAUGCUUACUUGUUAAUCCUUCUAUUCUUGGCGGCUUACGAGACGACGAGCGGAGACAGCCUAUCAAAGUUGUCAUUUGA